ACAAAAAAAUAACCAGAGACAGGUACCGAAACUAUUACGUAUUUAUACGUAAGAGAGAAGUGAAUCUCGUAACAGAAAAUAGGUUAAGAGGUAGCAGCGGAUUCUCCUAACGUAUUUCUACGUUUAUAUGUUUUUUUUAAAGUUCACGUGUCACGCGAGACAACGAUACAAGUUGCAAAAAAACGGUAUACCGGUACAUAUACGCGAUUACUUUAAAGUUAAAGUUACCAUCGCUCGGUAAACACGGAUUAUUAUUUCGGUUUAAGACGAGAUACAGUAUUUUCCGUUGUCGAUUAACCUCCGCUCCAGAUACAAGAUUGCGGAAGCUAGUUUCGUAUCCAACGAUUCGAAUAAUUGGAAACAACAAUUGCGUACAAAAUUUAUCCAAUUUUGCGACAACUUUCGUAUCUAUCUACCAAAUCUAACGUACGUUUAUGUAUUUUUCUGUAUUAAAAACGAUCUUAUAACUGUAUAAUAAAUACGUGUAAUAUUAGUAUUAUAUACAAGAAAUGUAAAAGUAUAUCUAUAGUCGCUGCGCUUCCAUGCCUGGCGCGCAUGAAGUCUCAUGAAAAUGCACCGUUCGCGUUCGCGCUUGAAAUUUAUUCCCCUAUUUAACGAAAGGGGGAGCAACUAUUUCGCUGCUGCUUACGGGCGCCGUUUAAGAGAAAAGCCGUUUUGAGCAGGUUGCAUGAGGGACACGUCGUUCGGCAAAUACGAUGGAUAGACGUUAUUAGGGCAUGUCUAUCGCCUAUAUUCGCGGGCAAAUAUGUGUUCGGACGUCCAAAGUGACGCGUUUCGUGCGGCUUCGGCAAUUUUGGUCGCCGUCCUAUCUGUUUAUAUAUAAAAGGAAUUCGGCACGAAUCCCAAUUGAUAUUUGAUAGUUUGAUGCGAGGCCUGUGCCAGUGAGCAUCGUCGCCUGUGACAAUCCUCCUUACGGCUCUCCAUCUCCCCUUUCGCUCUCCAACCUACGUUUCCCAAACUAUUCGAAACAUCUUGAAAUAUAUAUAUAUUUCGAAUCUUUAAAUUUUUUGAAUUUCUUCGUCGAAAAAAUUUUUUUUCUUCCUUUCUUUUUUAUACGUAUAUAUACAUAUCCCUUUUAAAAAAUUUAAAAUCGCCGUUCAAAUGUCGCUGUCCACCAGAUCGGCGAGGUGCGCAGCUCUGAUGGCGGAGCCCGACGAGUUGUAUCCAGAAAAGAUUAUAUACCCGAGGAACACGAGAACGCUGAUCAAAACAGCUGUCGUCGGGGGCAAACCGAUCGACGAGAAGACGUGCAUGGCCCUAAGAACGUUGGUUUUCGGAAGUUGUGCCACCCCACCGAGGCCUGAAUGGGCGAGGACCGGAUUCACGUUGCGCCCUUACGGGCAGAGCUUGGCGUUUGGAUUACGAGCGGCGAGAAACACGACCCGAUCCCUCGUCACUGCCGUGCAAGCCGUAAUGCUCAAGCAUUUCCUCUUCAAAUCCAACGCUGGCCCGGUCGAAAGCCUGUUGAAGCCGUCGUACGAAAGGCAGAUCGAAGCGUUGACGUCGACCGUAGCGGAGAUUAUCUGGCGUUCCGCAGGCGGGUUUGCCGUGCAAAAUAUUGGUUGCUCGUCGGGUCAAAGCGCGGCCGGCAACGAGAGCGCACCCACGGCGGUGGUUGUCCUCCCGCAAGAGACCCCCUACGUGCAGCACAGCGUGCAAUAUUUUCAAGAUGGUCUCACCGAGACCCUCCAUUUGUUCGAAUUCGAAUCUUUGGACGACUUGGAGAUAUUCAUCAAGCGAUACCUGUACUUGUUUCAAGACGAGGGCAGCCCAGGUGCUGUAUUGCUGCUGUACAGCGCUGUGCUCUCCAGAGGCCUGUCCAAGGUGAAAAUCGAUCUGGAAAAUCCGAGGGGCUCGAUGCUGGGCGGUUGCCCCGAGGAGGGUUCCAUAAGCGUGGUGGUGUUCUCGUUGACGGGCCGCGCUUCCCCUCACCUUCACAACGGGGUGUUGCACGUUGGGGAUGAGAACACAUACGCUGUGCCGCAAUGGGGAGUGCUGGCAAGGAGCGAGGUGGGCUUCCUGGUGCACGAGGGUGACGGCCAAUCGACAGGCAGACAACCGGGCUCCCGCUUGAAGACCCCCAAUCUCCCGAUCUGGGUCACCCUUUGCCACGGCCAUCACGGCGUCCUGUUCAAUACGAACCGCGAGCUGCUCAGAAAUUACCACGCGGAGCGACGGUUCGAGAUUCAAUACUUCACUUGCGGCGGAAGCCACGCCAUUCUGACCGUGGACACCAGGUCAACUUCCGGAAAUGAUUCGGAGUUGGAGGGGUCGAGCAAGGAAUGCACGGACAUGGGCGCAACUCCUUUGGAGAAACUCAUUCGUUCCAAGUGGCAAGAUGCGUAUAUACAGUGGAACGGAGCGCCUUUGAUGUGAAUGUAUAUUUUUGUCUUUUUCUUUUUAGAAAAUUGAUGUAAAAUGUCUUUCGUUUAAAUUAGUAGUCGAUUUUUAGCCGCUUGAAAUCGUUUCUAUCUUCGAAUAAAAAGAUUUCUUCGAGAUGUAUCGUAAGAUUGGCCAAAAUCGGAUAUAUUUUUUCUUCUUUUUAGAAAAUUGAUAUAAAAUAUUUUUCGUUCUAUCUUCGAAUAAAAAGAUUUAUUCGAGAUAUAUCGUUGUAUAGAUAUAAGAUGAUCGUCGUUGUCGAAGAUUGGCCAAAAUUGGAUAUUUUUUUUUUAUUUUUAGAAAAUUGAUAUAAAAUAUCUUUCGUUUAAAUUGUAGUCGAUUUUAGUCGCUUGAAAUUGUUUUUAUCUUCAAAUAAAAAGAUUUCUUCAAGAUAUAUCGUUGUAUAGAUAUAAGAUGAUCGUCAUUGUCGAAGAUUAACCAAAAUCGGAUAUUUUUUUCUUCUUUUUAGAAAAUUAAUAUAAAUUAUCUUUCGUUUAAAUUAUAGUAGAUUUUAGCUUGAAAUCUGAAUUUCUAUCUUCGAAUAAAAAGAUUUCUUCGAGAUAUAUCGUUGUACGAAGAUUGGCCAAAAUCGGAUAUAUUUUUUUUUUCCUCUUAAAAAAUUGAUGUAAAAUAUCUUUCGUUUAAAUUAUAGUCGAUUUUAGCUUGAAAUCGUUUCUAUCUUCGAAUAAAAAGAUUUCUUCAAGAUACAUUACAUUUAUUGUACGAAGAUUGGCCAAAAUCGGAUAUUUUUUUCUUCUUUUUAGAAAAUUAAUAUAAAAUAUCUUUCGUUUAAAUUGUAGUCGAUUUUAGCUGCUUGAAAUCUUCGAAUAAAAAGAUUUCUUUAAGAUAUAUCGUUGUACGAAGAUUGGCCAAAAUCGGAUAUCGAACUUUUCCGUUCGUAUUUCAUCGACACGCGAUCGCGUGAAGCGCCAAACGUAUAUUUGUAUAACACAUAUAUGUAUCAUAUAUAUUUGACUCAAUCUUCUUAACAAAUUUGCUUGCCGUAUCCCGCGACUCGUAUAAAAAUCCACGAAAUUCGCACGCGUUUCAUUACCAUUUCCUUCUUUUCUUCCUCGCAACGACACCAAAACAAGGAGGGAUAAUUAACCCGAGGCCUUUUCCGCUCGGCCGAACUCCCGUACGAAAUGAAUUUCUU